AUGUCGUUUGGCGGCCAAACACCCACUAUUGUGGUGCUGCGGGAGGUGCAGUCGACUAUCAAGGGCACGCUAGGUCCCUACGGUGGUGACCUUCUCAUGGUAGACGAGAAUGGCAGGCAGACUAUCACCAACGAUGGAGCCACAGUUAUGAAGCUCCUCGACAUUGUUCACCCGGCCGCCCGCAUCCUCACCGACAUCGCCCGUUCGCAGGACGCCGAGGUUGGCGACGGCACAACAUCCGUGGUCGUGCUUGCUGGAGAGAUCUUGAAGGAGAUCAAGGACUUCGUUGAGCAGGGUGUCAGCAGUCAGACAAUUAUCAAGGGUCUGCGGAGAGCGUCGAACCUUGCGGUGAACAAGAUCAUGGAGAUUGCGGUCGACACAGCGGAGGGCAACCAGAGGGACACACUUCAGAAGCUCGCUGCGACAGCCAUGAGCAGCAAGCUGAUUCACCGAAACUCCAAGUUCUUCACCAAGAUGGUCGUCGACGCAGUGCUGUCACUGGACCAGGACGAGCUGAACGAGAGACUCAUUGGCGUAAAGAAGAUCACUGGUGGGGCGCUGCAGGACUCACUUUUCGUCAACGGUGUCGCCUUCAAGAAGACCUUCUCCUACGCCGGUUUCGAGCAGCAACCCAAGUCGUUCAAGAACCCUAAGAUCGUAUGUCUCAACGUCGAGCUCGAGCUCAAGAGUGAAAAGGACAACGCCGAAGUCCGAGUCGAACAAGUAUCCGAAUACCAAGCGAUUGUAGACGCGGAGUGGCAGAUCAUCUACAACAAGAUGGAGGCACUAUACAAGACUGGCGCAAAGAUCGUGCUGAGCAAGCUCCCGAUUGGCGACUUGGCAACACAAUUCUUUGCAGACCGCGACGUUUUCUGUGCCGGACGAGUAGCAGCGGACGACCUCGAUCGUGUCUGCAGAGCAACUGGCGCCAGCCUCCAGUCGACCUGCACUGACAUACAGGAGAAGCACCUUGGAACCUGCGAGUCUUUCGAUGAGAGGCAAAUAGGUGGCGAGCGCUUCAACUUCUUCGAGGGCUGCCCCGAAGCCAGGACUUGCACAUUGGUUCUCCGUGGUGGCGCAGAGCAGUUUAUUGCAGAGGUCGAGCGCAGCUUACACGACGCCAUCAUGAUCGUCAAGCGUGCGAUUAAGAACCGAAACAUUGUCGCCGGAGGCGGUGCAGUCGAGAUGGAGAUCUCAUCAUACCUACACAACUACGCCGACGCCAACAUCCCCCACAAGCAACAGCCGAUCAUCAAGGCGUUCGCGAAGGCAUUGGAGGUCAUUCCAAGGCAACUAUGCGACAACGCCGGUGUUGAUGCUACGGACAUUCUCAACCGUCUGAGGGUGGAACACAAGAAGGGAAACAUCUGGGCUGGUGUCGACUUCUCCACUGAGAGCAUCGCGAACAACAUGGAGAAGUUUGUGUGGGAGCCGAGUCUGGUCAAGGUCAACGCUCUGCAGGCAGCGACAGAGGCGGCUUGUCUGAUCUUGAGCGUUGACGAGACCAUCAAAAACCAAGAGUCACAGGCACCACAAGCACCCAACAGGCCGCUGCCACAGGGCGCCGCACAGAGGGCUCUGGGUAUGCGCGGACGCGGAAGGGGAAUGCCCAGGCGAUAG